AUGUCUGAUACCAAUGGAAACUCCACCAUACCACUACCAUUGAUCGAUUUUCCAGGGGCAUCUAGUGCAAGUGAAUAUCUGGGGCUGUCAGGCCCCGGGGAUUUGGAAUUAGCACAGGGACCGCAGGGCCCUGGAAAUAUGGCGCUGAGCCAGAUAUACAAACUCAUCGAUGAUCUCUCUCGAAGAUUGAAUUCCGAAGUCCAUCAUUCGGGAUUUACCUCGUCAUUUCUAGAUGCCUGUCUCGACGAGUUCUUUAGACGAGUAUCGCCGAGCUUUCCAGUUAUUCACGAGCAGACAUUUACUCCGCAGAAGUCAAUACCGCCUCUUCUUCUGAACAUGGUUGCUCUGGGGUCAUUGUUUGUUUGUGAAACGGGCGCAUUGGAGAAAGGAGAGAUGCUUUGGCGCCUUGGUCAUACGGCAGUCGCAACUUCAUGGCAAACUUUGAUUGAAAUUAGAGGGCCGUGGGAUGCGUAUGACGGGGUUCAGCUUGUGCUCACUGCAUUGCUGGGACAGACAUAUGCGUUACUUUCGAGCAAUUCCAAUAUACGGACAACAGCAUCGGUCUUCCACGGCUUGGGCUUCUAUUGGGCAAGGACGUCAGGAAUGUAUAAUGUCACUGAGGUCUUACCAGAAGAUCUACCAACUCUUCAGAUGCCGGACGAACAGAAGAACACCGCAUGGAGAAGCUGGGCUGCAAUAGAGGUCCAACGACGGGCUAUACUUGGCCACUACAUUCUUGACGGUCUCAUAUCGCAAGCAUCUGGCUCUCCAGCUAGCGCAAGACAUCUCAUUAAUAGGAUCGGAACUGCCUGCUCCGAUGAAGCAUUUGCAGCGGCAACUGCUGAUGAAUGGAUUGUUGAAAUGCAAAAUUCAACCAAGGGACACCAGAUGUCGGAAGCCUUUUCUCGCGUUUUCUCGUCUGAUUACGCUACUGACCCGCUGCAACUGUCCCAUUUCUCAAUAUUUGUUAUUAUUGAGGGGUUGCAAUCCUUGAUAUCUGACUUACACGAAGCAAAAGGACAGGCUUAUGGCACCGUAUCAAAAAAACAGAUCAUCCAAGCUAUGCUCAAUAUUUUCGAAGAGAAUGUUAUGGCGAGAUUAGAGGCUUCUAAUGUGCAUCAUCUUCAGGUAUUCAUCCGGUGGCAUUCGGUGUUCAUCGAAGCGACUGCGUCAUCAAUAUCAAUUUACCGAUGGCUGUGCAGUCAUUUCAAUUUACCCCAGGUUCUUGGCGGUGUACAUGCUAAAGGCCAUCUUGAUGAAUUUGAUCUUCAAUCCUGGGCCGCAAAGGGAGAUGCUCUUCGAGCAAUCCUUCACGCAAUCUCAAUCACCCGUAUUCUGGAUGACUUGCCCCUCAGUCAGGCAUACACUAUGCAUAUACCCACGGCGGUAUUCACGUCGGCGGUUGUAAUGACCGCCAUGUGUCUUCUGAACCGGGACGUUAUCGAAGUUCCGGAAAAGUACACAUGGUCGGAUGUUUGGACCUCUCAGCUCCACGGGGAUACCGCUUCGGCAGAUUAUGAGAACUUCGAAGAAGUUUUGGAAGGACUGAAUCCAAACAACGAGAAGGCCAUGACUUCAAUCAGCCUCCUGGGCGAAAUAAAUUCCCUGCAAAUGAUCCUCAAAACUGUCGCGUCCAGAUGGAGUGUUUCCGCUCAGAUGAAUGAGAUUAUUGGGCGAUUGGCAAAUAUUGCCCGCGAGAAUCAUGGCCAGAGUGUAUGA